AUGAAUCAGCAGUAUUUCCAUCAGAAGUUUGAUGACUUUCACUGCAGUGGACCCCGACCACCCGUUCCCGGAGAGGAAAGCUGUCGGAAGAUGACGGAAUCGUCACAUACGGAUCGAAAUCGGGACGGAUCCCCACCGUCGUACGUGCGAUGGGCGCAGAAACUUGCGAACCUGCUGGAGGAUGGCGAUGGAGCAGAGCUUUUCAAGCGGUACGUCGAGCUCGAGGGCGAGGAACCGUCGAACCGGCUCAAGUUCUACUUCGCCUGCGAGGGUCUCAAGCAGCAAACCGACCCGGAAAAGGUGACGCAACUCAUCGGCGCCAUCUACCGGCGGUUCCUGAAAAAGGCACAACCAGGCUCGGAGCUGUACGUGAACGAGUCGCUCCGGAACUUCAUCAAGGCCGGGUUGAAGAACGAGCUGGAGCUUACGCCGGACAUCUUCGAUCAGAUGCAGUCCGACGUGGCAAACAUCAUCGCCGAGACGACGUAUCCGCACUUUCUGCAGUCGGACCUCUACCUGCAGUAUGUGCAGAACAUGCAGAGUUCGAGCAGCAGUAGCAGUGUGAUUGGCAGUGGGAGCAACUCCAGCGUCGUCACCGGUUCUGUUCCACCUGGCAGCAGUAGCAAUUGUGCUGGAGGUUCGACGACAGGAGGGACCACCGCAGGAUAUAACUCAGGAAUAGGAGCUAGUUGCGGUGGCCCUGGCGGAAACGGUCUCGGUGUGUCCUGUUCACUGACCAGCAGCAGCUCCACCUCGGAGUUGUUCCUUCACAGCUCGUCCGCUCUGCCGACAGUGCACGAGGACGCGGAGCUAGUCAACGCUGAUUCGAUCGAACAGCUGUACGGUGCCACGGGUCCGGGUCUCGAUAGUCAUAUGUCCAUAACGGGUGGCUUGUUGCCACACUCGCCUGCGAUUCCUGCUUCCUCGUCGAACACCAAGGUUCCGAUGACGUUGACGAAGGACGCCUUGAUGGCGACGCAGAAACGCCGUCUCGAGAUGAGACCUCCCGGACCACGGGGCUACUCCGUGUACACCGCCUAUGCAUCCUAUAAUCCGGUAUCGCGACGUGACUCAGAAAUGGCCAGUCUGAGCUCCGGCCGUACCGAUUCCGAUACGAUGUCUCUUUCGAGCAUAUCCACCGAUGGAAGACCACAUUCGCAACGGAAGCAUCACCAUCAUCACCAUUCGUCGAUGGAGCGAAGGAUGAUGCGUGAAAACGCUCUCACGAACGAAGAAGUCGACACGUUUGCGAUUAUUCCCCGUACACACCGGCACACUCAAAAGCAGCCUCCACCGAUGGAGUUUGCCAAAAUCCUAAUCAACAAGCUCGAGUGUGUGGCACGAGAGCAGGAGAAGGAUGAAGUUCUGUGCAAGAAAAUGCAAGAGGCUGAAAUUUCUGACCGAUCGCAGAACAAAGUGCUCGCGGAUGCGAUCCGGCAAAAGCUGCAGGUGGACGACGACAACGAUCAGGAUAUUCUGGAUCAGCACGUGUCGCGGGUUUGGUCGGACCUAACGCCUAGUCGAUCGCCCGGAACUAUGUCCCCUUGUCCAACGAAUGUUAUCGGUUCCCGGUCGCGGCGUUACGAGCUGGCCGGUUUUGGACCCGGCUCAGCGCAAUCGAUGCGUCAUUCGAAGUCGAUGCCCGAAGGACACCCGCUGAUGGGGCCACCGAUGCCGAUGCAGCAAAUAUCUUCCGGCUCUCGCAAGCUCAACCACAAGUGGCCCUCAGUUAACACGGACAGCGGUAUCAGCCUGUUUUCGACCGACACGUUGACGAAGCACAGCAGCGGAAGCAGCAGUGGAACACGGGGCGAGCUGGGCCAUGGCAGCAGCUCGCGGCCCUUGUCACGAAACAUGCACUCGGACAUGCAUACGGCCACAUUGCUGCAGGAAUCUAGCCGCCGGUUGGAGGAUGAAACGAGAAGAUCGAAACGCUAUCAGUAUCCACUGCCACCGAGCGCCAUCCAAAACAUGCCACUACCACCCGUGCCAGUAUCCGCAAUGUCCUCGUCGUCAGGCGGCUUCGGGAGCAGUCUUCCACCGGCGAUGCCUCCGCCGCCGAUCCCCGCCAAACCGCAUCAGGCCCCGAAUGAGUUCACCAUCGUGGUGUACUCGUUCUGCGAUGAGGAGGUACCGUACCGGAUCAAAAUACCCGGUACGCAACCGCCCACCCUGAAGCAAUUCAAGGACUAUCUACCCAAGAAGGGAAACUACCGAUUCUUCUUCAAAACGCGCUGCGAGGAUCUGGAUAAUCCUGUCAUACAGGAAGAAGUUAACAGCGACAGUGAACCGCUGCCGCUGUUCGAGGGUAAGGUGAUGGGUACGGUCAAGCCGUCGGAGUAA